GUGAGUCUUACCAAGAUGGGGUGGUCAAAUCAGGGACCAGUCCGCUUAGGCCUAAUUCUGCUCUUAGCUGCAGGAUCUAUUGAUGCAAGAGAAUGUAAAAUAGGUUGUCAUGGAUCUGCAGGAAAUCUCCUUAAAUAUGAACCCGGCAAAAUCUAUUCAUAUAAAUUGGAAGGAAACUCUGUUACAAAAUUGACUGGAGCUACUGGCGAUCAAAGUAAAGUUGGAAUCACCGCAGAUGUUCAGGUUUCACUUCUCUCAUCUUGCGAACAUGUUUUGAAGGUCACCAAUGUUCAAGUUUCUGGCCCUGAUGCCAAGAAAUACAAUCUUAAUAAGCUGAGUCAACAGCCUAUUAAGUUUGGUCUUCAAAAUGGACGUAUUGAGAGUGAAUUGUGUGUUAACCAAGCAGAAGACACUGUGGGGCUUAAUAUCAAACGAGCAGUUCUCUCAUUAAUCCAGAGUGCUGUUCUUAAAGAUAAUGGCUAUGCUACACAGCUUGAAACUGAUAUAUCUGGUACUUGCCCGACUGGAUAUGAAUUUUCAAAAUCAGGAAACUCAGUUACUGUUAGAAAGAGCAGGGAUUUGGUUAAGUGUGCACACAGAGAAGAUAUUUCAGUUCCUUAUUUAACCACUCCUUAUUAUGUGAAAUCCGAUUUCCAAUCUUCCCCUCUGCUUUCUUCAAAAUUAGGAGGUGAACAAAAAAUUGAAGGAGGAAUUUUGACUUUAGCUUCAAGAGAGGAACAUUAUGAGUACAGACCUGGUGCUUCUGAGGCAACUGCAAAAGUUCAUGUUAAGACAACUCUUAAAUAUGUCAGUGCUUCUGCUGGAUCCAUUCCAGCUGCUUGCACUGAACCAAGAUCAAUUAUAUUCGAGAAGGAACACAUUGUUGAAAGCCAAGGAGCUUCCAAUCAAAUCGUCGAACUGGUCCGCCAAGGUUGUGAUAGCCGUACUGUCGAGCAAGAUACAGCACAGCAGUUUUCCAAGCUAGUAAGAACGGUUGGUUCAGCUUCCAAGCAGGACAUCACCUCUGCCCUUCAACUGAUUAAUUCUGGAUCAGCAGUAAAAGAUAAAGAAACAGCUCAAAGAAUGCUAAAGGAUGCAAUAGUAAUGGCACAGAGUGCUAGUUCUGUUGAAGUCAUGGCAGAAAUUUUGAAGAGGAAAGAGGUUACUGGUGACACAGCUAGGCUUUGGCUACUUGGUCUUGGAGCAGUUAAACAUGCUUCUCGUGCUUCUCUUAUGGCAGUCCUUCCUCUAUUGGAUGGUGAGCCAGAUUUAAAUGCUUAUCUUGGAAUUGGUUCUUUAGCCGGUAAAUUUUGUAGAGAACACAAUUGUGAAGGUGUAAAUGAAAUAAAUCAACUUCAAAUAAAACUGGGAGCACCUCUGCUAAAGGGAUGUAGAUGUAACACAAAAAAAGAGGAGAAUCAGUUGAUUGCUAGCUUGAAAGGUCUUGGAAACAUUAAAUACCUUGGGCCUAAGAUUGCUGGAAAAAUUAUUGAGUGUGCUGAGGAUAAAAAUGUUCGACCUCGAAUCAGAGCUGCAGCCCUCGAAACUAUUAGGACAGAUCCUCACAAAGAUCAAUUCAAAAACUUUGCCUUGAAUGUUAUGAAAAAUGUCGAUGAAGAUUCUGAAUUAAGAAUUAAGGCAUAUUUGAUCCUCGCUCAGUGCCCAUGUGGAAAAGUAGCUGGUGCUGUCAAGGAGCUUUUAAGCAAAGAAGAAAGCAACCAAGUUGGAGGUUUCAUUGUCUCCCACUUAAGAAAUCUUCAAGCUUCUACAAACCCUGAUAAACAAUCUGCACGCCAUUAUCUUGGUAACAUAAUACCUCCUCGAAGAUUCAUUAUUGAUCCGAGACGUUACUCUAUAAACCAAGAACUGUCUUACGCUGCUGAUAUUGUCAACACUGGUGCAGCUGGAGAAGCAAAUAUUAUUUACUCUCAAAAUUCUUACAUACCUAGGACACUAAGUCUGAAUUUGACAGUUCAACUCUUUGGUACAGCAUACAACUUAUUUGAGGUUGAUACACGAGCUGAGAACCUUGAAUAUGUUGCUGAACAUCUGUUUGGUCCUAAAGGUUAUUUAAAAACUAAUGAAGUACAAGAUGUUUAUGAAGAUGGCAAACAUCAUCUAUCAUCUAUAUUUGAAAAGAUAGCAUCUCGUUAUGAUCAGGUUCUCCGUCCUAAGAGGAGUAUUUCACGUGACCAUUUAAAUGCUGUAGCUAACAAGGUUCACCUUCCCAAAGGGUCUGAUGAUGUUGACCUUGACGUUUCUCUGAAAGUUUUAGGAUCUGAAGUAUUAUGGCAACACCUACAUGCAUCAGAAGCUAGAAAAAUUGAUCCAGAAAAUGUUGUUAAUAAUUAUUUUGGAUCCGUAGACAAACUAAUAGAUUCUUUGAAGAACACAGAUAUUGAUUAUCGAAGACACAUCACUUUCCUUGAUGAAGAAUUAACAUAUCCUACUAGCAUGGGUCUUCCCCUCAAGCUAAAAACUCUUGGUUCAGCAGCUCUAAGAGUGAAGCUGGAUGGAAAGCUAGAUCUACCAGCUACUAUCAGGGAUCCUCAGAACACAAAUGUUAUGGUACAAUUAUUACCAAGUGCUGCAGUUAAUGUAGCCGGUGAGCUUUUGAUCGAUGCUGCUGCCUUUGAAGCAGGAACCAGAGUCGACUUGAAUGUGCAUUCUUCAACUGGAUCAGAUAUCACUUUUAGGCUUCUUAGUGGGCGUGGUGUAGAUAUCAAAUUAGGUAUCCCCAUUGCAAAGCAAGAGGUUCUUUCAGUGAAAGUUGAUAUGACAUCUGUUGUAAGGGAUGAUGCUCAAGUUGUAACAACUACUCCCGUAAAAUAUGAAACCAAAAGAGAAUCAUAUUCUGGCUGUUUUGAUCAACUGAACUCAAUAAUUGGAUUGACUUUCUGCGGAGAGGUAUCAGUUCCUUAUGAAUCUGGAAAACCAAUUUAUCCAAUUAAUGGCCCUGUUAAUUUAGCAGUGAGAAUUGAAAAAGAAGAUCCAUCCCUCUCAGCUUACCAUAUUAAGGCCCUUUAUGAAAAAAAUGAAGAAACAAAUGUGCACUCAGUUGAAUUGCUUUUGGACACACCAAAUUCAAGCACAAACAGAAAAUUAAGUCUUACAGUCGAAGGUUCUGUUCAAAAUCCCAAGAGGUACCUCAAUGUUAAAGUCAACUCACCAUGGACCAAUGUAGAUUUAAAUGCAAAUGUUGUAAACACUGAGAAGGAAAAGUCUAUAAAUGCUAAAUUAGUAUAUGACCAAGCAGAAUACGUAGCCCGUGCCGGAGUUAGUGUAAGUCCAUCCGGCAACAAAGUAACUUAUGUACCUAUAUUUGAAUACAAAGCUCCAGAGGGAACAAAGAGUGCACUAAUAGGAAAGAAAGGAGGUCAAAAACCAAAACAGCAAGCAGUUGCUUGUGGAGGUUCUAUUAUUGAGGAAGUAAAUGGAAACAGCCAUACUUACAAAAUCAAUGAUCUAUCUAUUACCACUCCUCGAACAAAAUAUAUUGUUGCAGGAUCAGUUUUAGCUCAACCACAAUUAGGUAGUGCUGAUUUGAAAAUUUCAUAUGAUGAAGACCACGUUACUGUCCAUGGAAAAUUACAAAGUGAUGGAAAGACUGAAUUGCACACAGAAUUAGCAGUUGCUUCUACUCAAUAUCCUGAUUUUGGUGUUAGCCUAAAAUAUGAUCUUCUUGUUGACAACCCACAAGCUGGACAGAUUGACAGCAAACUGAUAAUUGUUCAUGGCCCAGAUCCAAAAAGUGAUGUUAGCAGAAUUUAUCUUCACAAUAGUUAUGAAAAGAUUAUAAAAGAUAACAAGAUAACAUCAUUGAAAGCUCAUCAUGAAUUGUCAUAUCCAGUACUUAAUUUGGAAGUCCAGGUGAAAGGCAAAUAUACUCCAAAGUCAUUGUUAGCUGGUUUUGUGGGAAAACUUGAUAAAUAUUCUGCCAAAUUAGAAACUGCAGGAGUAUUAGAUCAUAAAAACCCUGGCGAUUACCUAAUUGACAUAGAUGGAGAAGUCAUGGGCAGUGGAAUACAUCUGGAAUCUUCACGUUCAUUAGAAGGAAAGGACACGUCUAGAUUUAAAAAUACUAUUACUCUUAAACCUGGUGGUGUCUACCAAGUGAAUGCUCUAGUUGUACAUAAAUUUACUGAGAAAGAAUAUAAUUUCCAAAUAGAUGCUGACGCUUCAGUGCCCAACCAGCCCUCUCUUAAGUUAGUAGCAGGAGCCCAAAGUUCAGGAAGCAAGUACAAUGGAAAGAUUAAAUUGAACUUUGGUGAUAAAUGCCUUAUUGAGGGCAAUAGUGCUCUUACCACAGGUGCAGCACCUCAUGGAAGUUAUAAGCUGGUAUUAACUGGAUACCUCGAAUCUGAAGGAAAACUGACUGGUGACAAAUCUACCAGAAAUGCAGUAGCAACAUUAUACCUACCUAAAGCAGAUAGAAAAAUGGAAUUAAAGGCAGAUUUGACAUUGACUAAUUCCAAGUUUUCGGGUGUUGUAAAUGUUUGCUAUGACACGAAAGACCCAAGUAAAACAAUCAAGAUCCAUACUGAAAAUAUAUACAAUAAGAACGACAAAGAAUAUUCACUAGACUCGAGGAAUACCCUCUCACAUAGUAAUUCUGAGGUAAAAGUCAAUUUCAAAGAAGUAAUAAAAGGAACUAGUCUACUACAAGGAACAAGUUAUGGUGAAUUGGAGGUUAUUCUACCAAACAAGUACAAAUUUGGUGGAAAAUAUUCUGACAGUCAUAACUUGGAAGGUGAAAACAGAGAAGGAGAAGCAGUUUUGGAAUUAUAUGAUGAAGGAGAAGGUUUACCUCAACAAAAAUUAAAAUUGAGCGCUGUUGGUAAACAUAUCAGCCUAACCAAACAAACUAUUGAUGGACAAGCUCAAUUGAGCUAUACAUCACGUGAUGGAAAGGAUGCAAAUGUACAUGUGAACUUAAAGAAGCUUCCAAAUUCAAAUGGAAAAACAUCAAAUAUUAAUGGAGAAGUUGGAGCUACAGGAUCACUACUUGAAGAUCCAGUUAACUUGAAGUUCGAAUCUGAAAUUUCUAAUGAAUAUUUGGAACCUGAUGAUUCUUCAUCAUUUGAAACAGAUUUCCCCCUGUUAACAUACAAGGUCACUGGUUCAAUCGGCAGUGAUGUUAGUGUUGAAGCCGCAGGAAAGCUCAGCGGGCCAACUAUUUCAAAUCAGUUAUCUGCAAAACUUCCUGAUUCAUCUCCAGUUAAAAAUUUCAAGAUAGUUUCUAACAAUCUCAUUGACAUUUCUGAUGAUAGUAAAGAGCAUUCAAAGGUCAAACUUAAUAAUGCUGUUCAUUGGAAUGACAACAAACAUGUGAAGGUUAAUGUAGAAGGGCAUUGCGAGAAUGAUGGCGUUCAGUAUGUUGUCGAAUAUGAAACUGAUUCUAUUCCCAAAAGACGUGCAGCAGGAUCUGUUCAUUUUUCAGGGGAAGAGGGAAAAGCUGAUGCUUCCAUUAAUCUAAGUUAUGAUGGAAAAACUGCUGACCUCAGUGGUAAGGUUGAAGUAAAUAAAGAAAAGACUGCUGCUAAUGUUCACCUGUUAUCAAACAUUCCAGAAAAAGGGAAAGUGGAUAUUGUUUAUAGACAAAAAGUUGUAAAAGACGGCCGUGGCUUUCAUGCUGAUAUCACUAUUUCAACUAAAGACAAACAAAUGUCUGGAAAUGCAAAAGUUGAAUUUGAACCAGAUCAUCCAAUAAUUGAACUUAAUUUUGAUCAUCCAGAGGGAAAAUCAAGGUUCCUGUACAAACUCGACAAGAAGGGCGAUAGACAUUAUGCAUCUGAGUUAAAAGCUAAGUGGACUGCAAAUGGUGGAGGUAGUCUUGCUGUAGAUUCUGAAGCUAACUUAGCAUCAGUUGAUAACUUUUUCAUAAAGGCUAAUUAUGACAACCCACAGCUGAAAUGGAAGAAAGUACAUUUGGAUAUUUCAAAUAAACCAAUUAAGGGAGAAGCUAAAAAAAUUACCUUCAGUCUGAAGUCAGAUGAUAAAAUAAUUGUUUCUGGCUCGUCCAAUUAUAACUAUAAGGAAGAAGGUGAUGUAGCUGUACUGGAAGGAAAUGGAAAUAUAAAAAUUGAAGAUCAAAGCUACCCACUUACAUUCCAGGCUACAAAACAAGUUUCUGAAAAUGCUCAACUGGCUAAAUUAAACGUAAAAGCUGGUAAAAGAUCUUUAAAUAUUGAAGCCAAGGUUAAUCCCCAUGAGUUUUCCGUUGAAAGGGUAUAUUGCAGAGAAGCUAAACAAUGUUCAAAAGCUCAGAUUAGUGCCAAAGUUCGACAAGACGGAGUGGAGUCCUAUGAACAGUCCACAGUAGUUGUGCUAGAUUUGUCAUUGUUUAAUCCUCACUUACAUGACAUUACGUACAAAGAUAAUUAUAAGCGAGAUAAACUUACUGUUGACCACUUGAUUGAAAUUCAGUGGGCUCAAGAUGCUAAACUGAAAUAUAAUGCAUAUAUUCAUGAACACGCAGCAGGUGUAUACGUGACACUUCCAAAGAGAACAGUCGGAGGAGAAUUGAAGUAUGAAAUAUUGCGUAAAAAGGAAAAUGUUGCUUCCAUGAAGUUUGAGGCAGGUCUUGACUUAAAUAAAGGAAAAGAACCUAAAUGGUCAUUUGUUGCUGCUAGUACAGCCCAAUAUGACAAAGGAGUUGCAACAUUCGCUGGGGAAUCUAAGGUUUCCCAUCCAAGUCUGGCUAAGGACCUCGUUGUCAAGGGCCAAGUACAAAUAAGUGAUAAAUCUUCAAAACUUGUUGAUGGCAUAUUUGAAAUUGACCUUUCCAAGAACCCAAACAGUAAAUUAGUUGGCAAAAUUAAGUUAACUGGUACUAAAGAUAAUCAUCUUACUGUGAUCGAUGUAAAAAAUAAAGAGUGCGGUAUCGAUAUUCAUCUUGAAGAAAAGGUUAAGGUCGUGAUAAAUGGAAAAGACAGCAACAUAUUUUACAAUUUAGCUAUCAACUACUUAGAUUCCAAAAAUACCAAACAUGAUAUAUUAGUGAAAUUGGACACUACUCCUCAGAAAUUCCAAUUAGUGUACCGUGAUCCUGAAAUAGCAGUAAUGGAUAUUGAUUACCGUCUAGACAAAGGCUACUAUGGAACACUAAAUAUGUUUGGAAAAAAAUACACUGAAACCUUUACUCUCAAUAAGGAUACAAAUCUCCUCAAAUAUCAACUUUCAGGAUUGGAAGGAGGCAAAACACUUGAAAUUGAAGCUGCUUUGAAACUUGGAGGUAGCGGUAUUCUAAAGGCUAGUUUGAAUGAAAAGAAAGCUUGCAGUUUUGAUGUGGCUUUAGAUGAGACAAAUUUCUUGCAAUCGAAAUAUUCAUAUGACAUUGAAGUUGCAAAAUCAAUAUACGGUGUAUUAGUUAAUGAAAUUAAGGUUCUGGCAGUUGAAGGUGAAAAAGCUAUAACUAAUCUGGCUGAAAAGAAAUCUGAAGACAUAAAACACAUUUUCCAUUGUGCAAGUAAAUCACUACCUGAUCCCAACGCAGUUGGUCAAUAUUUCCAAUCUCAAUUAAGCCAAAUACGAGAUGAAAUAGCUAGCGAUAAAACAGUAAAAGAAGCAUCUCAAUUUCUGAAAGAGGUAACUGGAGUUUUAGGAGAACAAAUUAUAAGUAUAGCUGAAGAAUUAAAUCGCUUCUGUACAUCUAUCGCACAACUUAUUAAAGAAUCAGUGGAGCAAAUCAGAGCAUCAGUUAAUGAAAUACUCCCGAAAAUCAAGCCAAGUUUCCAGAGAAUAGCAAAGACUUUGAAUGGACUCCUGGAACAAUAUAUAAAGUUGUCUGUACAGAUUGCAGAUUUGAUUUCAAAUAAACUAAAAGAACAUGAAGCUGAUAUAAAGGCAAUUGCAGAUGCUACUGUGGGUUAUGUACAAGAUAUUGGUAAAUUGGUUGGAAAAGUCGUACUAACCAUUAAUUCAGAAUUAGAAAAACUAGUCAAGCAAAGCAUUGAAACUUUAGGUGAAUUGCCAAUUGUUGCAGAUAUACAGGAAAGACUCAAAGAGUUUAAAGAUCUACAGAUUCCUGAAGAAGUUUUCAGUAUUUAUCAUGAAUUGAUUGAGGCUCUUAAGCAACUUCUUCCAACACAAGAAGCAAGUCAGUUCCUUGACACAUUAACAAAUGUUGUAGAAAAGAUUUUAAAACGGGAAGACAUACCAAACAAAGAUGAGGUUGUUAAACAACUAUAUAAGGAAUUAGUUGCAGCCAUUAGGUCUAUAAUUGCUUUAUUAGCCCAAAAUACUCCUCAGACUGGUUUACUAAAACCAGCUAAAUUGCAAACAUCAUUGCCUCUGCACCUCCUCCGUUUACCCUCUGGUGGAAUAAGGUUUAGUCUUGUAAACUUUUUGACCAAUAGACAGUCAUUACCUGGCUUGAAUGAGAUCCUUGCUGGAAUAAAACUUUCAUUGAAUCCUGUUGACUACAUUCCACCAUAUCCAGGAAUUGGUGCUAUUAUUGGAGGAACUGAAGUAAUUACAUAUGAUGGACUUCACAUGAAUAUUCAAGGAACCUGCAGUUACAUACUCUCAGAAGAUUACAAGGACAGGAAUUUCUCUCUAGUUGGACAAAUGCAAAAUGGAGCUCUUCAAUCACUUACUUUGACUGCUGGAAAAGAUUCAAUCGAAAUCAGAUCUACUGGAACUCCACUAGUUAACGGCCAAGCUUCUACCUUCCCGGCCCAUGCAGGAGAAUUGUGGGCAUGGAAGCGUCCUCAACUGAUAGGAUUUGCCAGUAAAGCAGGUGUUGUUGUCAUGUGCUCUCAUAACCUUGAUAAUUGUGGCAUUGAAGUAUCUGGAUUCUAUUUUGGAAGAUUGAGAGGUCUUUUGGGAAAUCUUAAUGGAGAAACUUAUGAUGAAAGGAUGACACCAGAAGGAAAGAUUGUUGAAAACAGUGGUGACCUGGCUAAUUCUUGGAAACUGGAUGGCUCCUGUGCACCAUGUCCAUCAGGACAACAUAAGCACAAUAGAGUUUCUGUGUGUACUGAUAUUUUUGUAGAUGAUCCAUUGACAGUACUAUGCAGGCCAUUUGUUAAUCCUGCUCCAUUCCGUGAUGCCUGUGAUGAUUUAGCAUCUCGCUUAAGUAAUAAAGAAAAUGCAGCGUGUUCUGUGAGUAAGGCAUAUGCUUAUGCUUGUUAUCGUAAAGGAGUUUUGCUGGCUCGCCUUCCUGAUCAAUGUGCAACUUGUGAAAUCAAUGGGAAGAAAGUAGAUGCUGGUGAUUCUGUAAGUGUCAAACCUGAAAAUGCUGCUGAUAUUGUGUUGGUAGCUGACUUAAUGAAAGAAAAUGAACUAAAUUAUAAAGAAAUAGCUGUACCUCUGGUCGCAGCAUUAAAAAGCCAAUUAGGAAAGAAAGGCAUUAGUGAUGUACAUGUAACUUUAGUUGGUGGAAAUAAACCCAAGGGUAAAUACCAUAAUUACUAUUCUAACAAACAAGGUGAAUUAGCCUAUGAUCCUGCCUCCGCCAAUGUUAAUUUUGUAGAAAGAGUAAAAGUUACCAAUGAAACAGUUGGAGGUCAAAUCCAAUUGUUAUUUAAUCACCUCUUAUCAGAAUCAGGCUUGACUGCAAGAAAUAUGAUGUACCAAGAUGUUCUCAAAGAAGUUGUAUUCAGACCUAACGCUCUGAAAGCAAUUGUUGGUGUUCAUGGGUUACCUUGUUCAGGGCCAAGUGUGGGAACAGCUGCAGCAAUGACAAUCAAUGCAAUACAAUUGGAAUUGAGAGACAUUUCUUAUAAUCUUAUAGCACCAAUGAAAGGAGUGAAAGUAGGAAAUGGUGAAGUUGCAGUUUUGAAUGAAAAAGAAAGUGUUCUUUGUGGAGGUGAGAAGGUUGCUGAUCCCCAUUAUUCAUACCAGGAUAUGUGUGUCACUCUUGCUUAUGAGACAAAUGGAAAUGCUAUAAAUGCUGAUGGAGUAAGAGAAUCACCAAAGAAGGCUGAACUGAUAGAGGUUGCUGCUGAAAAAAUUGUCUCUUCCAUUUUAGAAAGGAAUGCACCAUUGGAAUGUUCUUGCGAUACAACUUUUGGAAUAGUUCCUAAACCAAUCUGUAUGACAGCAGAUUAGGUUCGUUAUUGCUAAGUCAUACAAGACGCGAUCCUGUAUAUAUUAAAACCGUAUUAUUCAUAAACACCUAACUUUGUUGUUUCAUACUUUAAGAUUCUAUUGAAAAGUAUUUAAAUUUACACUUUUGUAAUAUUUGCAACAGUACCCUGCCAUUUUAUUGUAUUUAUAUGUUGUAUAUUAUUUUAGAUAAUAUAAGGAGCUAUUUUUAAUUUUUUUGCUGUGUAAUAUUUUGAUUCAUGCCUGUAUGAUUCUCGCUGUCUUGAAGAUUUAAAUAAUAUUUUUGAACUGUACUUCUUGUUAAUAAAACUAUUUUAUAUUUUCUUUU